AUGUCUAAACAGUUAUCAAAUGAGUUAUUAGUGGUAAUUAACGAUGAUAUUUUAAAGGGAAUCAGUCAAAGAAUGAUUGCAGUUAAAAGGGGUGUAAGUAAGACUACCGUCUCAAAUGUUGAAUUUAAAAUAGAUAAAACAUCUCAAUUAUAUGUAAAUAUAGAUCAAGAAGGCCUGAAAAGCUAA